CUUCAAUCACUUUUUCAUUAAAACACAGAAGAUAAAAAAUAACAGACUUCAAUAUGUCAUCCGGAUCAACAGAACGCCAAACCAUCAAUCUUCCCGGGACGACAGAUCAGCCCAAGACAGAGCCAGAUUAUUUUCUCGAUCCUCGCAGCGCAGCAGCUUUGUCUCAACUCCAGGAUGGUGACCUGUUGAAGAUGGUAGUCGAUCAUGAAGAGGACAUCAUCGAGUUCGACGAUCACGUCAAGCAGGUAGCGCCUGAAGAUCUUGCCGAGUACUUUGACGCUCCUGGAAUAAAGAAGUUUGCCUUUUAUCGCUAUCCUGGGUCAGGUGCUGUCAUCUUGAUCUGGACACGUUUCCCUGCUACAGCUUCGACCAAGAACGCGCGAGUUCAGCAUCGGCUGAGAAGGGAUUUGACUUGGCAUGCCGAGAAAGCGGACAUCAAGAAUGUGGCUACACUUGAAGUGCAAUCACGGAAGGAUAUUACUGCCGAACGCUUGAGAGAGGCGGCAGACGCGUUAACGAUAAGCAAGGAAUGAGGGAAUAUGCUCAAAGGCCUGGAAAUGUUUACUCUGCGCUCUCACUUUUCGUCGUUCUUCAAUAACUACUUCUUAUGCUUCUAAACAAAUCGUUAAGUGGCGGGCUAGCCUUGAGCAGCACAAAUCAUCUCUACACAGAUACAGAGCCGUAUGUGCACCAAAGGUGAAAGAUCAUGUUCCAAGCGUUUCACUUUGGAGAGACGAUCUGUCUGAGACGGCCAAAGUGUAACGAUCACCAAUCUGAGGAUAUAUAGAAAGUCUAAAUGUUUCAACUAUCUUGACCCAAAG